UGGCCCUUACGCAAAUCAAGAUGACACAAGAACCCGGGCUGGAGGUCUGGGAAUCCUUCUCAGAGGCGUCAGAAGGGGAAAGCGAUGCUUCUUUUUCUCUGGCAGGGGGAGAAGCAGGAAAAGAAGCUUUUGGGCUGGAAACUUUGAGCUGUCAGUGAUCCCAAGGGACGCUUUGCCACGUGGAGAGACCAGCUGGCUGGGACCAAACUGCUGCUGUCACCGCCGGGAAGCAAGAAGCUGCGGGAGGCUCCUACCCCUUGGCUUUUGAAGCUGCCGGCGACUCCCAGCCAUGCAGAUCCUGCCUCUCCUCUGUGCUUUCCUCGUCCUGAUGCUCCAGGGAGCAGCAGGGCUGUCCCGAGCUCGAGGAUCACCCCAGGACUGUGAGCGCCGUGGGGGCUUCUGCUCUCACGGCUCGUGCCCUCCAGGGAUCGGUCGCAUUGGCAUUUGCUCCAAGCAAGACUUCUGCUGUCGGAGCCGAUGGUAUCCCUGAUGGCCUCCUGGGUCCCUGGCACCGAUCUCUGAGCAGCCCUCUGAGAACACCCUGAGCCCUGCAGUGUGGUCAGGAUGAUGCUGCACGAAGGCACUAAACACUGCCAGGAGCGGCAGCAACCUCGGACAGCCGGACCAUGGUCCAGUGGGAAUCCUGUACCCCAGCAUCCCCAAUACAAGCGCCUGGGGUUGAGACCCUGAACUCUGCAAGCAGGACGUCCCCCUCGCUUCUGGCUCCUGGACCCAUCUCGUGAUGUCCUCCCCGCUCCCUCCUCUCCCCGUUUGUGAUUGGGCUGCCGUGCCCUGUACUGCUGACUCAGAAAGGCAAGAGCCAGGAGGUUCGGAGAAGGUAGCAAAUCCUUAUUUGUGGAGCACAAGAGCUUUGUUACAAGGUCCCAGCUCUGGUCCCAGUCGCAGAACCCACCGCAGGAACAUUUCUUUAAAGAAACAGGGUGUGAGAGACCCCGGGGGGAUGCCACAGCAACCAG